AUGGCCGAAAAUCAAGUAGUGGCUGAAGAACAAAGAACUUUAAGGGAGCUUUCUGCACCAAAUCUAAAUCAACAACCCCUUUGUAUUCAACAUCCUGCCUUAGAGGUUGGUUUUGAAUUAAGGUCAGGUUUGAUUCAACUACUUCCAACAUUUCGUGGUCUUGAAAAUGAAGAUCCACAUAAGCACCUAAAGGAGUUCCACGUGGUGUAUUCGAGCUUCAAACCGCAAAGAGUGACGAAAGAUCAAAUUAAACUACGUGUUUUCCCAUUUUCAUUAGCCGAUAGAGCAAAGGAUUGGUUAUUUUACCUUCCUUCAGGCUCAAUAAACACAUGGGAUGAAAUGGUAAGAUUGUUUCUUGAAAAGUUUUUCCCUGCAUCACAAGCUGCUAGCAUUAGAAGGGAAAUAUGUGGCAUCAAGCAAAGAGACACAAAGACUCUCCACGAGUACUGGGAACGCUUCAAGCAAAUGUGUGCAAGUUGCCCUCAACACGGAGUUUCUGAACAACUUCUAAUUCAAUACUUUUAUGAGGGAUUGCUUCCCAUGGAAAGAAAGAUGAUGGAUGCAGCUAGUGGAGGUGCUAUAGUGAACAAAACUCCUCGUGAAGCUAGGGAUUUGAUAUCCAUAAUGACUGCCAAUUCACAACAAUUUGGAUGUAGACAGGACACACCUUCUAGAAGAGUGAAUGAGGUGAACAUUUCUUCCCUUGAGAAUAAAGUAUCUCACUUAACUACUCUUGUUCAACAGUUAGCUCUAGGAGGUACGCAGCAAGUAAAAGCUUGUGGGAUAUGUGCUGCUACUGGACAUCAAACAGACAUGUGUCCGACACUUCAAUAUGAUUAUUGUGAGCAAGCUAAUGCAGUUGGAGGCUUUCCAGGCCAACCACAACGAAAUUAUGAUCCCUAUUCAAAUACAUAUAACCCAGGAUGGAGGGAUCAUCCAAAUUUCAGCUACAAGCCACGUCCACAGUUCCCACACUUUCAGCCAAGACAACCCAUUCAGCAACAACCUUCAUCUUCACAACAACCAUCUUCUAAUUCAAGUAUGUCGUUAGAAGAUAUCGUUAAGUCACUUGCCACUAACACACAACAAUUUCAGCAAGAAACAAGAACACGUAUUCAACACUUAGAAAGUCAAAUGAGCCUGCUAGUAUCUACUGUGAGUAGAUUGAAAUCUCAAGAAAAUGAAAAAGAAGUUUAUCCACCCCAAAAUGAUCAAAAACUUGCCAAAGAAAGUCCAGAGACUUUGGUAAUUCCUCCCCCUUUCCCUAGUAGAUUGGCAAACUCAAAAAAGGCGGAAGAACAAAAAGAAAUACUUGAGACAUUUCGAAAGGUUGAGGUAAAUAUCCCUUUACUUGACGCUAUUAAACAAAUUCCUCAAUAUGCUAAGUUUCUGAAAGAGUUGUGUACCAAUAAAAGAAAAUUGAAAGGCAAUGAAAUGGUAAACAUGGGGGAAAAUGUUUCAACUAUCCUUCAGAAAAUAUUACCUCCUAAAUGCAAAGAUCCAAGUAUGUUCACUAUCCCUUGCAAAAUUGGAAAUGUUAAUGUUGAAAGAGCAAUGUUAGAUCUAGGAGCUUCAAUCAAUGUGAUGCCUUUAUCUAUUUACUCAUCUUUAAAUGUUGGUUCCUUAAAAGAAACUGGUGUAAUUGUUCAACUUGCUGAUAGAUCUAAUGUUUAUCCUAUCGGGGUUCUGGAGGAUGUUUUAGUACAAGUUGAUGGAUUGAUUUUUCCUGCUGAUUUCUAUGUGUUAGACAUGGAGGAAGACAAUUCUCCAAAUUCUUCAUUGAUCUUAUUAGGAAGACCAUUUUUGAAAACAUCUAAAACUAAAAUUGAUGUGCAUGAUGAUACACUCACAAUGGAAUUUAAUGGUGCACUCAUUAAGUUUAACAUUUAUAAUGCCAUGAAAUACCCUGAUGAUGUGUCAUCUGUUUCUCUCAUAGAUGCUGUUGACCCUCUCGUGCAGAAAAUUUCUUAUUUGACUGAUAGUGAUGCCUUAGAGGUUGCACUAAACAUGAAUUUUACACCAGAUGGAUUAAAGAAAAUCAUGAAUGAAUUUUCUUUGAAUUUUGAGUUGCAGGAUAUUGUUAAUGAGUUGGAGUCACUAAAGCACAUGAAAUAUAAUGUUCAUUAUAUUGAAUUGCCUACAUCUAGCACAAAACUCCUGCCUUCUGUUAUACAGGCCCCAAAGAUAGAACUGAAACCAUUGCCAGAUCAUCUAAAAUAUGCAUUCUUAGGGGAUGGAGAGAUUCUUCCCGUGCUAAUCUCCAACAAAUUGUCUACAUUAGAAGAAGAAAAGUUGGUCCGAGUGCUUAGAGAAUAUAAGGAAGCUAUAGGUUGGACUAUAGCUGAUAUUAAGGGAUUGAGCCCUUCCACUUGUAUGCACCAGAUAUUGCUAGAAGAUGAUUAUAAACUGUCUAAACAAGCCCAGCGCCGAUUGAACCCAUCCAUGAUGGAAGUGGUUAAGAAAGAGAUCCUGAAACUUCUUGAUGCAGGUAUAAUCUAUCCAAUUUCAUAUAGCAAGUGGGUAAGUCCUGUGCACGUUAUCCCAAAGAAAACAGGUAUAACAGUGGUAGAAAAUGAUGAUGGUGAAUUGGUGCCCACUCGUAUUCAAAAUGGGUGGCGAAUAUGGUUUUUCAGGUUUUCAUCAGAUUCCAGUUGCACCUGA